CAUCCCGCAACCGCUACUGCGUCAUCGCAACCGUUACGGUGACCGUAAUUGCUACUGUUUUUCAAAACCUUGCUUGUACCAAUUUAGUUGGUCUUUGGUUCAUGGAUUUGGAAUGUGAAAGGGAAAAGUUGUGUGAAAUACAGGUGAAAUAUAGUUAUAUUUUAUUCACAUUUCACCUAUUUUUUUCACUUUUCCUUUUCAAAUCCCUACUCAAAUUCAUGAACCAAACACAGCGUUAAAGAACUUGAGUACACACCUCAAAAUACAAAAGCUCUCUUUGUAUACCAUUACUUGUAAACAUAUAACCUACUACAUUAUCAUUUUCCAAUACUUAUCAUCUCCGCCAUUAUCAUCUAACACACUUAUAAGAUCACUUCUCUUCUCCAUUAUCCAACUUCCCUAAAUGCAAAAAUGUUGUUGUCUUUGAAGAUUUAGGGUUUAAGGUUUAAAAACAUUCAAAUCGAUCAUUUUUGAAGAUUUGCACACCAUGGAUGACACUCAUUUUGUUGCUUUGGAGCAAUGCAGCAAUGAAAAGAACGAUGCAUCCACCCCAUGUAGUAAAGUUGGAACUGAAUGUAUUGUUGACUACACAAGUCAGUUUGAUACUAAAGAGGUUUUCAAAAGUAAAGAAGAAUUGCUUAGUUGGGUACAGGAGGUUGGUAAGAGAAGUGGUUUUGUUAUUCUGAUCAAGACAUCGGAUUAUGGUGGUGGUCGUAGGAGACCAAGAAUAUAUCUUGCUUGUGAGAGAAGUGGACAAUAUAGAGUUAGAAAGAAACCAAAAGUAGAUUCAAAGAAUAUGAUUUCAAAGUUAACCAGGACAAAGAAGUGUGGUUGUCCCUUUGAUUUGAGGGCUCACAAAUUGAUGACAGGUGAUGAUUGGAUAUUGGAUGUGGCAUGAGGAGUGCAUAACCAUCCACUUGCAGAACAUCUCGAGGGACAUUCAUAUGCAGGGAGAUUAUUAGAGGAGAAAACUUCAAUAUUAGUAGAUAUGUCAAAGAGUAUGGUUAGACUGAAAGAGAUUUUGAUCACCUUGAAACAAAGGGAUGCCUUAAAUGUCACCACAAUGAAAACAAUUUACAACAUACAUCAUAAGCAACAGGUAGUAGAGAUGGUUGGGAGUUCACAGAUGCAAUAGCUGUUGGGUGAAUUGGAAAAACAUAAUUACAUUGAGCGGCAUAGGUGUGAGGAGAAAAAUAUGACUAUCACAGACUUAUUUUGGGCACAUUCUGUGAGCUUGGAUUUUCUUCGUUCAUUUCCCCUUGUAUUGAUCAUGGAUUGCAUCCAUAAGACAAACAGAUGUGGUCUUUCGCUACUCAAGAUCAUAGGUGUGACAUCUACAAACAUGUCAUUCUUUGUAGCUUUUGCGUAUAUCCAAUUUGAGCAUGUCGAUAACUACAUAUGGGUAUUAAAUACACUACGUAGUCUCAUGAAUGACAUUGCCCUCCCUGAGCUGAUUGUCACAGACAAAAAAUUUGCCUUGAUGAAUGCCAUUGAUAGGGUGUUUCCUACAUCCAGACAUUUCUUAUGUUGGUGGCAAAUUAGUAGGAAUAUAUUGACAAAAUGCAAGAAGAUGUUUGAGACAAGAGAUAAUUCAUGGAAUUUUGUAGUACUCUCCUCCAUUGAAGGUGAAUACAAUGAACACCUUGCCACAAUGCUUAAGGAGUUUUGUACAUAUCCCGAGGCAAUUGAUUAUGUCACACAAACUUGGUUGAAUCCAUACAAGGAGAAAUUUGUGACGGUAUGGACAAACAGUUGUAUGCACUGCGGGAAUGUAACAUCGGACCGGGUUGAGAAAGCACAUGCAAAACUGAAGAGGCAACUCUGUUCUGGCCAAGUGGAUUUUGAGUGCUCUUGGACCAAAAUACACAACUUGCUUGAGCUGCAGCACACUGAUAUUAAAGCAUCAUUUGAGAAGAGUUUAACAGUUGUACAACACCAAUUUCGACCAUCUCAUUUCAGAGAGCUUCGGGGUAAUAUAUCUAUUAUUGCAUUGGAGAUUGUCUUGGUGGAGAGCAAGCGAGCUGAGUUCACUGGCAUUGAUUCUUCAGCAUGUGGAUGUGUCAUUCGACACACCCAUGGAUUACCUUGUGCCCACAAGAUUGCCAAUUACAUCAGACAAGGUCGUCCAAUACCAAUUUAUAGCAUCCAUUCUCAUUGGAGGACACUUGAGAUAGUACUAGAGUUGACUUGUAAACCAGAGUUGGAAAUGAUUGUGAAGUAUUUCAAUGACUGUGAUACCACCAAGCAGUUGGAAAUUCUGAAGAAGUUAGGAGAGAUUGCAAAUCCAGAAAGCACUUUCCUCAUUGAACCUGAUGUGAAGCCCAAUCCACGAGGAUGUCCAGCACAUAAAAAGAUUGAUGUAUCUAUCCGUCGUGACCCAUAUGCAUUUGAGAUUGUUCAAUCUGGACAUGAUAGUCACUCACCUAAGGGUACCCAGAUGACUACGCUUGCUUCUGUCCAAGUAAACAAAAAACGACAUUUCAAGCAGAAGGUGUUUUUGUUGCCGGGGCAUCCAGGAAAUGGACCGGUAAGCAUGUCCUCAUUGGCAGAAGCAUCAUCAUCGGCAUCUCCCACAACAUCGAUGGCAUCCUCUAACAUAGGAGGUGUAUCCUCAUCCACAGCAUUGUCCGCUAGAUGAUGCAUCUGAGUACGACCUCACUCCAGACUCUCGUGACGUCAAGGAUUUGUCAUGGUUCAAUGUUGUCUCUUUGAUGCAAUGAGUGGAAGUGGAACACGUUGUGAAGGUUCAUCCUCCAUUUUUGAGAAUAAAAUGAAUGUCAAACAGGAUGCUAGGACUUUCAACAACAAAUAUGAACAUAUGCAUUAGGCAAGGUUUUUUACCCAGUAGGCAGUUUAAUUGUGAUGAUUUAUGUUUCUUAAGCCUUGUACAACAAAGGGAGAUAGAUUUGUUUUGUGGACGCAUUUAAUUAUGUUGAUUUUUUACGAAGAAUUUAUGGAGUUAGGAAAAUAUGUGCAUGUAAUCCUUACAUUGGCUAUGCGGUCUUUGUUAAUGGUGAAUUGAUGAUUGAUUGGAAGUUUUCUAAUUUAAAGCUCAAGCCUACAAUUGUUUUAAUUUUGAUUAACCUUUUUGACCUAUCAGUUUAUCUUUUUCCAAUUGUUGCUAAUUAAAAUUGGCAAAAGUG